GCGUCUGUGCGCGGAAGUCAAAACGGAGACCCCCCUUCCACGGAAAACUGUGGUAACUGUGGUGUUCGGCUGCAGAGAUGCUAGACACAGAAAAACAACGAGAAACGCGGGCAAGGGAAAGACGGGGAGACACGGAGGAGGAAGGAAACCAGUGAGAAACAGAGGAAAAAAAAACACUUGAGAUGUUUCCACGCACCGAGGAGCACUGUCUGCGCUGCGCUCUUUGGAGAUAAAAACGCGCAGAAGGAGCUCGGAUCGAUCCGAAUUCGAGGAGGUGGUGGUUAUUGGGGGGCGGUGAGGAGGAAGGAGGACGGGAGGGGUCGAUCAUGGGGAACGAAGCGAGCCUGGAAGGAGGCGAAGGGCCGCCGUCUGGGCUACCGGAGGGGCUGGCACCUGACGGGAAGGGCGGCUUCGUCCGGGUCUCCGACGGGACUCCGGUCAACCUGAGCGAUCUGAGCGAGGAGCAGCGGAGGCAGCUCGCCGCGGCGAUGUCAAGGGCGCAAAGCAGGCAGCCCGGAGGCGCAGCAGCUGCACGAAGAAUUUCAGAAUCUGAUGCCCAGCAGCGUUCCCAGCAGGUAGGGGCCUCCAGGGGCCCGACAGGUCUCAGCAAAAGCCGAACUGUUGACGCCUUCAACCAGGGUCCACCUGGGAAACCCACGCCGGGCCGCAGCCCCUCAUCUCUCAGCCUUUUUGAAUCCAGAUUCCGGCAGGAGCCUAAAGACCCCGAGGCCAAGUCAUCCGGCAUGUUUGGCUCCAGCUUCCUCAGCGGGGCCAACCCGCUCAACGCCAUGUCGUCUAUGACCUCCUCGGUUUCGUCCUCCAUCACCUCCAUGGGCGAUUCUGUCAACAUCCCCAAGUUUGGACUGUUUGGGGACGAGGAGGAGGGAGACGCACCUGCAGCACCUGAGGCCAAGCAGGGAGGGAAACCACCAGCGAAGGGCCCCCAGCAAGGGCCGGGGCCAAAGGGACCACAACAGGGAGGGCCCCAGAGACAGGGCCAGGGUCCUCCUGGACAGGGGCCAAAGCCUGGGCAAGGACCCCCUGGUCAGGGGCCAAGGCAAGGUCAGGGGCCACCAGGCCAAGGACCACCAGGUCAGGGGCCCAGACCAGGCCAAGGACCACCAGGUCAGGGACCACCAGGCCAAGGUCCUCCAGGCCAACAAGGACCCAGGCCAGGCCAAGGUCCACCAGGUCAGGGACCACCAGGCCAAGGCCCUCCAGGCCAACAAGGACCCAGGCCGGGCCAAGGUCCUCCUGGUCAAGGACCCCCUGGGCAGGCCCCCAGGCAAGGUCAGGGACCACCAGGUCAAGGCCCUCCAGGUCAACAAGGACCCAGACCAGGUCAAGGGCCACCAGGUCCAGGAGCCAAGCAGGGUGGUCCUCCACAGCAAAAAGGAGGCCCACCACAACAAGGACCUGGGAAGCCUGGACCCACACAGCAGGGACCACAAGGCCCUGGGGCCCGUCCUGGGGAGCCAGCAAAGAGUGGUGGGCCUCCUGGUCCGCAGGGAGCCGGAAAGCCUGCAGGUGGACUCUGUCCACUGUGUAAAACCACUCAGCUGAAUACUGGAUCUAAGGAGCCGCCAAACUACAAUAACUGCACAGAGUGUAAGAACCAAGUGUGCAGCCUCUGUGGCUUCAGCCCCCCAGACUCAGAGGGUAAAGAGUGGUUGUGUCUGAACUGUCAGAUGCAGCGAGCGAUGGGAGGAAUGGAUCCUCCUGGUAUGACCAAACCCAAGCAGGGCUCGGCUCCUCCCUCGCCGCAGAGACAGGCGUCUGGCAAACCUGGCAAGCUACUCAUAAAGCAGCAGAGCACCAGCGACCAGGGGUUAACACCACCGACCACACCGAGGCAGAAAUCUCCAGGUCCCACGUCUCCAGGGCCGCUCUCUCCGGGUUCCUCAAUGGGAGGAUCCCCCAAAAUCGACCCCAAAACAGGUCGCCCCAUCCAGCAGAAGUCCAGCCCCCAGCAGUCUCCAGCUAAACCCAAGCAGGAGUCCAGCUUCUUCGGAGGGUUAGGGGGCAUCAGUUUAGGAGGCCUCACAGAUGCAGCUAAGCCUCCCGCAGCUGCUUCACAAGCUGCCGAGUCCGUCACAGGGAAGCUGUUUGGCGGCUUCGGUGGCUUGAUGGAUUCAUCGAAACCUCCAGCGCAGGCUGCUCCAAAGCAGGAGGAGUCGGUGACCGGGAAGCUGUUUGGAGGUUUUGGAGGGUUGACAGAGUCGGCUAAACCUCCCGCUGCUGCUUCUCAAAUGUUUAGCUUCGGAUCGUCCCUCUUGAGCUCAGCCACCAAUCUGGUCACCGGGGAGGACGAGCAAGCGGCUCCAGCUGGGUCACCGCCGGAGUCUCCAGUUGAUUCAGGACCAGGUUCUCCUCCGGAUUCUGACCCCGGCUCACCACCCGACUCACCCUUCUCUGCUCCUGGGUCACCGCCUGAUUCAGACUCUGCUCCUGACACUCCACCUGCUAAGUCUAAGAAACCCCCCAGAACCAUUUCUGUGGAGAAAGAAGAGAAGGUCCAAGCAAAGGAGCUGCCUCCAGCUGCCGCCAAGGCUAGCUGUCCUCUCUGUAAUGUGGAGCUGAACAUGGGAUCGAAAGAUGCACCGAACUACACCAACUGCACCGAGUGCAAGAAGGCAGUGUGCAAUCUGUGUGGAUUCAAUCCCACUCCUCACUUAGGAGAGAAAGAAUGGCUUUGCCUCAACUGUCAGACCCAAAGAGCCAUGUCAGGCCAGCUGGGAGACAUGCCGCCUCCAUCCAUGGCUUCCCCAAAGAAGCAACCACCUGCUCCUGCUCCUUCCUCCUCCCCUGCCCCUGCUGCUGUAGAUAGCAAACCUGUAGUAGAAGCAGCAGACCAACCCCCACCAGCCUCUGAGGCCAAGGUAAAACCAGUGGAGAUGUUGAAAGAGCCUGGAGUGAAAGAAGUGGCUGCCAAAGAGGGUAGUCCCACCAGCCCAUCAGACAUAGCAAAGCUGGAGAGCACCGUCCUUCCCAUUCUGGAGGCCCAAGCAGGCACAAAAGAAGAGGAGAAACAAACGGACACUCUAAAGAGCAGACGUAAAUUAGAGGUCCUUCCUCUCUCUCCUGAUUCACCAAGUUCAGAAGAGGACAGAGAACUUUUUGAGAAGAAUGCCAAAGGGACCACAAAGAAAAAGCUGCUUGUGCCCAUGGAUAUCAGGGCGGAUUCCCUGGAUGAUAGCAGUGAAAGCUUUGGAAAAGAAAGCCCAGUGUCAGGAGAUGAUGAGGACUUUAUCAGAAAACAGAUCAUAGAAAUGAGUGAAAAUGAGGAUGCUUCUCCAUCUGAUGAAGAAAAUCUAGUGCGGCGAAAAAUCAGAGAGGAAGAGAAGAAACAAACAGAACAGAAGAAAUCAGAGACUGUGGAAAAGAGUACAUCAGGUAAAGUCAGACGACUUACCAAGAAAACCACAAUAAGUCCAGAUGAUGAAGAUAAGGAACUCAGAAUGUCACUGGAUAAACCUGAUACAGACAAAGAGGAGGGACCAGAAGCAAAAGAAAAGGAGCCUCAGAGUGGUACUGCAGUUCGCAAAUUCCAAACUAUGGAACUGAAUGCAACCAGCAGCCCUAUCCGUAUACCUAAUGAUGAUGGCGAGCCUGAAAUGGAAAGCCUGACAGACUCUCCGGAUGAUCGAUCUAGAGGUGAGGGGUCAUCCAGUCUACAUGCAUCCAGCUUCACUCCUGGAACAUCCCCAACAUCCCUCUCAUCACUGGAUGAAGACAGUGACAGUAGUAGUCCGAGCCAUAUCCGUUCUGGUGAGGGCAAACAACACAGGAAAGCCAAACACAGGCAACCUGGUCAAACAUUGCCAACUAUCGAAGACUCUUCUGAGGAAGAAGAAUUAAGGGAAGAAGAGGAGCUGCUCAGGGAGCAAGAAAAACAGAAGGGCUCAGGAAAAAAAUCAAAGAAAGACAAAGAGGAGAUUCGAGCCCAGAGAAGGCGAGAGCGUCCAAAGACACCACCAAGCAACCUUUCUCCUAUUGAAGAUGCCUCACCAACUGAAGAGCUGAGGCAAGAAGCUGAAAUGGAAGAGAUCAGACGAUCGUCCUGCUCAGAUUUCUCCCCGAGUAUUGAAUCAGAUCCUGAAGGGUUUGAAGUCCAUGCUGCGAAGAUUGCAGCAGUCCAGAAAACAUACCAACUGCCUAUAUCAGUAUCUCUUCACUCCCCAACAGAUGAUCAAAAUACUGAUAAAUCACAGAAAAAACCUCUCAAAUCUGCCGAUGAAGCUUAUGAAGAAAUAAUACUGAGGGCUAAAUCACCAACACUUGACAAAAGUGAGAUUCAACCAAUAAAAGAGUCUCUUUAUGGAGGCAUGCUCAUUGAAGACUAUGCCUAUUCAUCUCUUAUUGACAAUUCAACAGCUGAUCUAGGGGAGCCAGAGAAGAUUGCUGUUCCUGCACAGCCCAAAAAGCUAAGAUCACCAGAUGAAGUUUAUGAAGACAUGAUAAAAAAGAGGAAGGAAUUCAUGCAGCUGGAGCAGGAAUACCAAAAUAUGCAGCCAAAGAAGGAAAGCAUUGCCCCAGAAAUUGUUCUACAACCUGCUGAGAAUAUCAUCUCGAAAAGCAAUACAGUAACGUUAGGCAAAGAUGGGAAGCCAUUGUUGGAUGCUGAAACUGCCUAUGAAGAGCUAAUGAAAAGAGUCCUGACUCCUGGAACAAGUCCAACCCAGCAGGGGCCAGAAGUGGAUGCCACUGCAUCUAGAAAGGCACUCCACCCCAUCCCAGACUUAAAAGUGACCCAGUGCUCUUCAGGAGAGUUGUCUUCUGAUGAUGAGAGUAUAAUUAAAAAGGAAGAGGAGAUAACAGCAACUGACACUAAGCCUGUGAAAGAGAUUUCUGAGCCUCCUCCAUCAUCCACAUCAGAUCAGCAACCUCACACCACAAUCACAGCACCCCAGGCUGAUGCUGUAGACUUGUCUGGUGCACUCACAAAAACAUCAGCCCCUGUGAUUACUAGCGUACCACCCUUGCCCACAGUCCCACAGUACACACCGAGUAUACCCAGUGUAGUGUCAACUGCCCCACCUGUGCCCCCUAAGCCAAAUGUCCUGCGUAGGGCUAACUCUCAGGAAAAAGCAGAAGAACCUGUUGCACCACCACUGCCUCCGCCCACCCCACCAAAACCUACUGUAUUUCCCAGGAAACCUCCAGUUCCACUUCCACCUCAGGCUUCAGCAGCUCCAAUAAGGCCAGAGACAACAACCCAAGGACCACCUAUAAGACAAGUAGUUACUCCAACAUACAAACCUCAUGUUCCGCCACCUGUUCCCCCAAAGCCAUCCAUUCCUGCUGGGAUUGGGGACUGCCACAGACCAGGAUAUGGUGUCAAACCACCAAUUGCACCAAAGCCUGGCUCACAGCCUUCUUCACCUGCCCAUGCUCCAUAUCCAACAAGGCCCACUGUACUUCCCACAAGUUCUAAUGAGAUCGUCCUGAAUCUGAGCCCAUCCUCUGAGAGCAAACCAUUUCAACCCUCACCAAAGUCUCCUUCUUCUCCAAGAUAUGCCAGCAAUCUUCGUGACACAUACGUGGUUAUCACACUGCCAUCUCAGCCUAGCUCUCCAGUAGACAGUGUCACAACUCAAGCUACGUCUAGCCCUGGCCCAGCAUCUCCUUCACGCCAACCACAGGAUGGGAGUUAUCACCAACCACCACCUCAACCUCAGUCAUAUUCACAGCAGCAUCAACAACCAACUCAUCCUCAGACAACCAGGGUUCCCCUGGCAUACACACGAGUCACAGAAUCCAUUGAAAAUCAAGAGAUUUGUGGCCCGGAAAAACAUGUAUCCAGUUCUUGUCAUAUAAUUGAGGCUGUAUCUGCCUCAGCUCAGGCACCUGUGGUUUUGCCAAACCUCAUCUCACAAGUGGUUACCACAGAAGUCCAAAGGACCACUGUCUCUGUUGUUCAUGAAAGGACUUCACCACCAGUACCAGCGCCUAGGGCAAAUGGAGUUCCAGUCUCGUUGGAGAAACCCAAACCCCAGUUGCAUGCACAGAAUGGUCAGACCUUCCAACCUUCUGAGGUGGUGGAUCUUAGGACUAUGAAAGUGGACCCCGAAUCAGACAUGAACGGUGUGGAUCUGUCUGCUGGCCCAGACUCAAGACGUCAGUCCUUUGCAAGUGAUGUCAGUCGUCAUAACAGUGCAGUGCAGUCACCUGUGGUCAACCUCAGUGCUGAAUCAUCUACUGUUUCUAUAGUGACGGAUAGCAUCACUAUUGUGACUUGUUCUGCCACAAUCCACCAACAUGACAAUGUGGACAGCAGUCAAGCAUCUUCAGUGCCCCUUCAGUUAACAAAAAAUAAGUCCUUUGAACCAGUUUCUCAAAUUAUAUAUCGGCCAAUUGACUCUCAGCCCUUCACUCAUGCUACCACAGAGAUUCCUAUUAACCUCUCAGUCGGAUCAAGCACAGGUGGAGGAACUUUCCAGGCUAUCCCUGUCACUAUUGCGCCCACUUCUAUUGCAAAUUGUGUCGCCAAUGGAUUACAUACUGGUACAACCUCAGUGGCAGGAGCUGUUGACCUCAGCACAACAAAACCUUUCAACACUGUGGUAUCAGUGGAUGCUACAUCUGCAGAAGUGGUCACAGCUGUAAUCACAGAUGAUGGCAAACCAGUGGAUCUAACUGCAGGAAAAAGAGCUGUAUGCUGUGAUGUUGUGUACAAGCUCCCAUUUGCAGGAAGUUGCACGACUCAACAACCUACCACACCUCUACCCGAAGAUCGUUUUGGAUAUCGUGAUGACCAUUAUCAGUAUGAUCGAUCAUCUUAUGGCAUGAGAGGGUUUGGAGGGAUUAAACCAUCAAUGUCAGACACUAAUUUAGCAGAAGCUGGCCUGUUCUUUUACAAGAGUAAGAACAGCUAUAAUUUCAGUGGCACGACAGAGGGUGCAGUAGAUCUUACCUCAGCAAAGAUUUCUGAUGCAGGUGAAGCUGUUGACUACUCCAAGAAAGGGGCUUACGCAGGAAUGACUAUUCCACCUUAUUCUCAAGCCAGAGUCACAAGUGCUGCUGGUACACUCUUUGGUACAAGUAGUGUUUUAAGGUCUUCGAAUGGAGUGGUCUAUUCUUCUGUUGCAGCACCAAUUCCAUCUACAUAUGCCAUUACUACCCAGCCUGGGUCCAUAUUUAGUACAACAUACAAUACUCUGUCAGGUAUGCACACCAGCGACACCAUGCCUUCCCUGUCCAACCUCCAAAACUUGCCACUUACACGGUCCCACAGUUUUCUCUCAACCAUCUCCACUAGUGAAACAGAAGAACAAGGAGAUGCCCCACUUAAUCUGGAGAUGUCUAGAGCAGGUACUACUGCUGUUAAUGCUGCCACUACUGCAACAACCUCUUUAUCCCUUGACUACACUGAUGCAUCCCUGGAGGCCAUAGCUGCUUCACUGGAGGCUCUGUCUUCACCCAUGGUUCCUGGGGAUGGCCAAUAUCAGGCAGAGCGUGAAAGGCUAGAAAUGGAGAAACUCAAGCAACAGCGCCUGGCUGAAGAAUUAGAAUGGGAGCGGCAGGAGAUUCAGCGAUUCCGUGAACAAGAACAGUUCCUGGUACAGAAGGAACUGGAAGAGCUGCAGGCCAUGAAGCAGCAGAUAUUGUCCCAGCAAGAGGAGGAAAGACAAGCUCACCUUAUGAUGCAGAAAGAAACGUAUACUCAGCAACAGCAGCAGCUUGAGCAAAUUCAGAGACUCCAAGAGCAACUUCGUUUGCAACUGGAGGAGCAAAAGCUUCGUCAGAUGUAUCCUAGUGGGGACAUGCCAGGGCAUGGUGUGCAGGAGGCACUUGUCUUAGGACCUGAUGGCACAGUACUAGCCAGAAAGAUUACAGAUAGUGGGUGCCAAACAGAUGAAGAAGAUGAAGCAGUCAGCAAAGCUUACACAGCAGGGAGAAAGAAGAGAAGUGCUAAAAAGAGUGUUGAUAGUUGUGUACAGACCGAUGAUGAGGAUCAAGAGGAAUGGGAGGCUCAGACCAGAAGUCGACAAGGCCGGCCACGUACUGCCAGGGGUGAUCGGGGUGGGCAGUCAGAGAUGUCUCUUCAAGCCCACACUGAGAUUUCUAUACAAACAGAUACAGAGGGGAACAUUAUAAUGGACACCAGGAUGGAGCUGUCAGACUCUGAAAGAACAUCGCCAAAGAAACGACCUACUCCCCUAGAAAUAGGUCAGUCUCCUAACCUCAAAGCUGAUUCUUCUACACUUCAAGCCCAUCCUAAAUCCCCCAAAGUACUCUAUUCUCCCAUAUCCCCCUGUAUAUCACCGAGUAAAUCCCUUGAGUUUGUGUCCUAUGAUAAAUCCCUAGGUGAUACAAGCCCACAAAAGCAAAGAGGAAGUACGGAUCCAUCAAAAGCCUCUCCAGCAAGUCCCAGAGGGUCAAAAUCCAUGCAAAGAUCCAUGUCUGACCCGAAGCCCAUGAGUCCAACAGGAGAAGAAAGAACAACGUCCGGCACGCAGUAUGGUGAUAGUGGGAAAGGCUCAGGUGGUACACCAACAGGCACUCAAAAGAAGGUGAAGAGGACUCUCCCAAAUCCACCAUCAGAGGAUGAGUCAACAACGACUGGCCAGACAGCAUACAGCACUGGUUCUGCUCGCCGAAGAAUGUGCCGUAACUCCAACAUGGCACGUGCAAAGAUCCUACAAGACAUUGAUCGUGAGCUAGAUCUGGUGGAGCGUGAGUCCUCCAAGCUCCGCAAAAGACAAGCAGAAUUAGAUGAAGAAGAGAAAGAGAUUGAUGCCAAGCUUAGGUACUUGGAGAUGGGCAUUAAUCGUAGAAAAGAUGCGCUACUAAAGGAGAGGGAGAAGAGAGAAAGGGCCUACCUACAGAGUGUUGCAGAGGACAGGGACUACAUGUCAGACAGUGAGGUCAGUAAUAUACGAGAGACAAGAGGUGGGCAUGGAGGUGGUGAAGAUGAGGAGAUUGAAGAUCAUGGUCUUGAACGUCCCAGGACAGCUCCUCAGUCAGAACUGGACGACUUUGUCCCACCUCAAACCAAGCAUGAAUAUGGCAAAUACUCUCAGUACCAAUACCCUCAAAGCCAAUACCAGCAGUCUCUCUACCAGAAUCCCCAGUCCUACCAGUCCCAUUCGAUCUACUCUUCUGUCCCAUCACUCACUAGCUCCCAGCAGCAAAGUUACCACCAGAUGCUCUUGUUGCAGCAGAAAGCUGCUAGACAAGCAGCCCUUCUCUCAGAGCUGGAGUCAACUAAAUAUGAUGUCAUUAGCCGUCAGCCUGAUCCCACAUCAUCACCUUACCUGGGUGUCAAAUAUGACAAAUAUGGCAACCACCUUGACCUCAGAGCCUUGGAGGUGGGAAGUAUGGCAAGUAGUCCAAUGUCAGCUGUCUCUGACUCCUACUACACAGAUGUAGAACACCACACACCUCGGAGUUACAUGCUGCUGGAAGAUGCUGCAGAACUAGCUAAAGGUUCCACGGGACUUUCUUCGUCUUAUAGUCUGGCUGAGAGGGAGCUGGCUAAAGCAGAGAAGUUGUUGCGUAGAAGUGCUGCAGAUCUAGGCUCUACAGACUAUCUGGGUUCCACCUCCAGACUCCAUACUUUUGGAAAGACCCCUGAUGAAGAGGAUACAAUGGAGGAACCAUAUGAACUGAAACUUCUGAAACAACAGCUCAAGCAGGAAUUUAGGAGAAGCACAGGUGGAACAGAAAACUUAGAACAACUGACAGGUCUCUCACAGCACUACUAUACUCCAAGCUCUGGUAUGUCAAGUUAUUCCCAAAGACACUAUCCAAAGUCAGAAAAGUACAGCAUCAGUCGACUUACUCUUGAGAAGCAGGCAGCUAAACAACUCCCGGCAUCAAUGUUGUACCAAAAACACAAGACCCCACUGAUAGAUCCUAAAAUCUCCUCCAAGUAUUCCUCUAUUACAGACAGCAGAGCUUUGGAGACAGACUAUACCAGCUAUCUUGGGUCUACUAGUGCAUCCCCAAGAUCAAGCAGGCUCAUGCAGGAUGAGAUUACCUUUGGUCUUCGUAAGAAUAUUGCAGAGCAACAAAAGUACCUUGGAUCCACCUUGGGUGCCAACUUGGCUGGGUCACUAAACUUGGGCCAGAGCUUGGGCUUGGACUCUGCUUAUCCUAGUGGUAGCCGCUCAAGACCCUCAUCCAGGCCCACAUCUUGCUAUGGUCUGGACUUGUCUAUCAAAAGGGACCCUUCCAGCUCUUCACUAAGACUUAAAGGAGAUGGAGAAGCAUCUGGAGAUGUACCAAGUUAUCAGACCCCGUCUGGUCGCACCAAACCCACUAGCCUUCCCAUUGUGCAAAGUGGGCGUGGCCGAAUUCCCAUAGUGGCCCAGAACUCAGAAGAAGAGAGUCCACUGAGCCCUGUUGGGCAGCCUAUGGGCAUGGCCCGUGCAUCAGCGGGACCUCUGCCCCCCAUCUCAGCUGAUUCAAGGGACCAGUUUGGUUCUUGCCUGUCUUUGCAAGACUCCCAGCAGCAGCAACAUAUCAGGGAAGAGCCAACCAGGGGUAGGGGUUAUGUGCUGCUGGAUGACCUUCAGGGCACCAUGUCAGAUAGUGAAGCCCUAAGUGAUUCCCUGAUGGCUUUGAACAGAGACGAUGCAACCAAUGCCUACCACCUUAGACGAGAAGAGACAGACUGGUUUGACAAACCAAGAGACGGACGGUCAGAGAACGGACAGGAGAAGAGACAGGGAAAAGGUCCAUACUACCCCUUCCCUCAUCUCAGGGUCAAACUGCAGAGGGAUCCCAAAGACCGCAGUGUCUCAGGAAAUGGUCUGGGUAUCCGAGUGGUUGGAGGGAAGGAGGUGCCUGGCAGUAAUGGAGACAUUGGAGCCUAUGUUGCCAAAGUCCUACCUGGUGGAGCUGCAGAACAAACAGGGAAGAUUCUCGAAGGAAUGCAAGUCCUGGAGUGGAAUGGUGUUCUUCUGACGGGGAAAACCUAUGAAGAGGUACAAGGGCUCGUCGGACAGCCGUGUAAUGAGGCUGAAGUGUGUGUCAGACUUGAUCUCAACAUGCUUGCUGAGUCUGAGAGUUCCCAUCACCUGGACUUCCAGGAGCACAGCAAAAGCGACAGGCCUCCCAGGUCUCCAGGUGUUGAUCCCAAGCAGCUGGCGGCUGAGCUCCAGAAAGUGUCACAGCAGCAGGCUCCCUCGUCCACCUCGUCCUCCGGCCUGCCCGCCACCACCUCAGCCACCUCCAGCCCCGGUCAGCCAGGAUCCCCCUCUGUCAGCAAGAAGCGCCACAGCAGCAAGACUUCAGAGGGAAUGAAGACCCAGUCCCACCCCAUCUCUGGAGAGAUACAGCUUCAAAUCCACUACGACAAGCAGCUCGGCAACUUGAUCGUUCAUGUCCUGCAGGCCAGAAACCUCGCCCCGCAGGACAACAACGGCUACUCAGAUCCAUUUGUUAAAGUGUAUCUCCUACCAGGGAGAGGUCAGGUCAUGGUUGUCCAGAACGCCAGUGCCGAAAACAAGAGGAAGUCCAAACACGCUGGCAAGAGUCUGAACCCUGAGUGGAACCAGACUGUCAUCUACAAGAAUAUCCACCUGGAGCAGCUGAGGAAGAAGACUCUGGAAGUGAGCGUGUGGGACUAUGACAAAUGCUCCUCUAAUGAUUUCCUAGGAGAGGUUCUUAUCGACCUGUCCAACACCGCCCAGCUGGACAACAUCCCUCGAUGGCUGCCGCUGAAGGAGCAGAGUGAGGGGGACCACCACAGACGCUCCCACUCAGGCCAGGGCCGACACGGUUCCUCUAAACCCUCCUCACUGCACUCCUCCCCCAAAACCACUGCCUCCUCACAUGAUAAUCAGGACUCCCCCAAGUCAUCUGUCAUCAAGAGCCGAAGCCACGGGAUCUUUCCAGAUCCGGCCAAGGAUACACAGGUGCCCACUAUCGAGAAAUCUCACAGUAGUCCUGGCACAUCGAAGCCUUCCCCGUCCGAGGGCCAGAGCCAAAGCCACAGCCACGGACACAGCCAACACUCUCGCUCGCACGGCACUUCACGCUCCAGCAAAAGCGCCGCACGGCAACACCAUCAGGACAACAGCAAUGGAAGCAGCGGAGGCGCUGCCAUAGCAACGGGCGAUGCUCAGCAUCAGUCACCGCAGCAGCCGCCACAACGCCUCCAACCAAGUAAACCAAGACGCAAAUAAAGCCCACGCAGCAUGGCCUCCUCGCACUCAUCUGUUCUACCUUCUCCUGAGUUCUUUCUUUUCUGUUCCUUUUGUUUCAUUUUCUAUUCUGAGUUUCCCUUCUCCUCUUACAAGCUCUGGUCCUUCCCCUGCUGUAUUCACAGUGUGUCAACCUUUCAUCGCUUCUCUUCUGUAUGUAUUCACAAGUGUCUAGAGCCAGCACCUCACCUGCACUGUAGCACACUGUCUUUGACUUUCCUAAGUUUGAACUCCUUUAGUGAACCCAAAGAGCCGUAAUGGUUGCUAACAGAAUGCAAGUUCCCAAGUUCCUUAAGCUACUUAAAUUUGUCUAACCAUUAAAUAUAUAAAAGAGGCUUUAAAUCACAUUUUCUAAAUCCACUUCAAUGUGGCAUUAAACAGAAAAAAAACAUUUUUACCUCAAUUGAUGUUCGUUUUGAUGU